CCUACUAUGCACGUGUUCAUCCAAUCAGUCACGUGCUUCCAUGAUCAUGGGAUUCUGUGUUGCGCCAUUUUGGCUGCUGCAAUUGUGUGUGCUGAUUUUGACUUCUCAAGCUGGCAUUCUGCGGCCAUAUGGAGUUCUAGACUCGUCACGGUUUAAUACUGUGGGUGAUGCAGGGGAUCCGUUGUUUCUAACUCCUUUAUUGAUGUCGAACAAAACUGCAGAAGCUAGGGAGGCGAGCAAAGUCAAUGGGAUUGGUCCGAAUUUAAGCUACUCGGGUUUCUUAACAACAAACGAGACAACAGGAAACAAUCUGUUUUUCUGGUUCUUUCCUGCGAUGAAUGGCAACAUAAAGGCACCAAUUUUGAUGUGGCUUCAAGGUGGACCUGGAGCAUCAUCAAUGUCGGGUCUUUUUGAUGAAAUUGGUCCGAUCAGUGUGACAGAGGAUGGCAGUGUCGUUGCAAGAAACAUUACGUGGAACAGGAAUUAUUCGCUCGUGUUUUUUGACAAUCCUGUUGGGACUGGAUUUAGUUUUACAAAAUCAGAUGCCGGAUAUGCCAAAGAUGAGUACGAUGUUGCUAGAGAUCUUUACAGUGCUGUGUAUCAGUUCUUUGAAAUCUUUUCUGAUUAUCAAGACAGUGACUUCUAUGUGGCUGGAGAGUCGUAUGGUUGCAAGUACAUUCCAGCUAUUGCUUAUAAAAUUCAUGUAGAGAACCCGCUUGCAAAGAUGAAAAUUAACUUGAAAGGUGUGUCUAUUGGAGACGGCUGGUGUGAUCCAGAUAAUAUGGUGGGAGUUUAUGCUGACUUUAUGCUUCAAACUAGUCUUUUGGACAUUGAACAGGCUAGAGAGUUUGCACAAAUUGCAUUAAUUGGAAGGGCCAAAAUUGCAGAAAGGGAUUAUGUGACAGCAUUCAAGGUGUUUGACAUUCUGAUUAAUGGAGAUUUAACUCCAUAUCCAACGUUGUUCAAUAAUGCCACGGGUUGCACUGACUACCUUAAUUACUUGAGGACAGUGUCGCCUUCCAAUUUUGGAUAUUUCUCAAAAUUGCUGUCUCAAGCUGAAGCUCGCAAAGCAAUCCACGUUGGCAAUUUGACAUUUAACAAUGGUCAAGAAACUGAAAAACAUUUGCUUGCGGAUGUAAUGCGGACGUACCCAGAGUUUCUACUCCCAGUUUUUGACAAUUACAAGACGUUGGUGUACAGUGGCCAGGUUGAUGUCAUUGUUGCUCCUCCAUUGACAUACAACUUCCUCAACAACCUCGACUGGAAAGGCCGUAGCUCGUUUCAAACAGCAAAGAGAAAAGUAUGGAAAGUCAAAUCGACCGACGUCGAUGUCGCUGGCUUUGUCAAGUCAGUCACCAACAUAAAGGGUUUGGCAACAUUUCAUUGGAUUGUGGUACGAGAUGCUGGCCACAUCUUGCCAUACGAUCAACCAGAGAGAGGACUGGACAUGAUAACAAGGUUUAUCGAAGACGAGCCAUUUUGAACAGUCUGUCUGCCUUAUAGAACAGAAUUCUGUCUCUCAUAUUGUCUGUGCAAUUGUACAUGCAAGAGCAACGAAUACACACUGCAAAUGCUGAUCGAUGUUGUUCGUACUGCUUGUUACUUGAAGUUAUUUCUGUAUGCUAGCUGUGAUAAUUAUAACUAAAAUAUCCUCUGACUCGGACUACAUGAUCUACCAAAUUAAUAUCAAUUUA